CAAAAUGGCGGAUGGACGUAGAUCUGUUUCGAAGACGACACAGGAAGGAGAGGAACAGAAGCAAGAGAAAUCUGAGCUUGAAAAAUUCAUGGAAUUAAUACUAACAAAAAUGGAAGAAAAUAAUAAGAAAAUGAGAAAGAAAUUAGAUGAAAAUAGUCAAAAAGUAGAACAAAAAUUAGAAGAAAAUAAUCAAUCAUUAGAACAAAGACUGGGGGAAAAAUUAGAAAUAACAUUAGAGAAGAUGGAAGACAAAUUAGAAGAAAAUAGUCAAAAAACAGAAGAAAAUAAUCAAUCAUUAGAACAAAGACUGGGGGAAAAAUUAGAAAUAACAUUAGAGAAGAUGGAAGAGAAAUUAGAAGAAAAUAGUCAAAAAGUAGAACAAAAAUUAGAAGAGAAUAAUAGAAAAGCAGAAGAAAAUAGUCAGAGGUUGCAGAAAAAACUUGAACAGACCUCCAAGAGAUUAGAGGAUCAAAUUGAACAAAGAAUAAACAAGAGUAUUGGAGAAGUAAAAAUGUUAUAUGAAGAAAUGAUGAAUAAACAUGAAACAUUAGAAACAAAAUUAACUUCUGAAAAUCAAGAAAUAGUAGUUCAAAUACAACAGCAUAAAGAAAGAAUAAAUAUGGUAGAAGAAGAAAUAGAAAAGGAAGCAGAAUGGACGAAUAAGAGAUUUAUGAUGGUAGAUGAAAAUAUAAGUGAAAUAAAGAAAGAACAGAAAACAUCUAAAGAAAAGGAGGAUCAAUUGGAAAAUAAAUGGAAGAUUGAAGUAAAAGAAGUGAAACAAGAAAUAGAAAAAAUGGAGAAGAAAAUAAGAAAUACAACAAAAGGAACAAUAAUACACACAAUUGAAACCUCAGAUAACAGGAUAUAUUUCAAUGGGGAUUAUAAAUCACAACAUCCAGUACCAUUCAUAAAGAUUCUCAUGACCAAAUAUUUGCAGUAUAAUGAAUUUGAUGAAUUUAGGGAAGUUAUAAGAAACCAAUUAAGAGGAGAAGCAUUAAUUUGGUAUACUAAUGUGGAAAAUGAAUUAGAAAAUUUUGAGCAAUUUAAAACAAAAUUUUUAGAAUUUUUCUGGGGACUAUCUCGACAACAAGUAGUAAGAUCUGAAUUGUUCGGAGGAAAAUAUAACUCUAACUCGCGAACAAGUAUGCAUUUAUAUGCUAUGAGAUUAUUUAGUGCUGCCCAAUAUUUAGAUGGCAAAUUGACAGAGAAAGAAUUGAUUAGCCAUAUAAUAGGUCAUUUUGAAGAUCAAAUAGAAAAUAUUAGACUAAAUUUUAAUUUUACAGACUUUAACAUGCUUUGUAAUUUUUUAAUAGAAAAAGAAAGAGCUUUGCAAAACUACAGGCAAAGAAAUAAUAAUUACAAUAAUUCACAAAACUUUAAUGAUAGUAAUUUUAAUAAUAAUAACCAGAGAAGUCAAAAUAACAAUAGAUCAAAUAAUAAUAAUAAUAAUGAACGUGGGGGUUUUAAUAGUCAAUAUAAUAAUAGGGGAAAUUAUAACAACAAUAGAAAUUAUAGUUCUAAUAACAAUAGAGGGUACUAUAAUAAUAACAAUAAUAGAGGUUAUAAUAAUAAUAGAAAUAACAACUAUAAUAGAUUUAAUAAUAACAAUAACACAGAUAACAAUUCUUUUAAUAAUCAAAAUAACCAAAAUAACAAUUAUAAUAAUUCCAAUAACAAUGGUAAUAACAAAUUAAGACAAGAUUACGACAACUCGAAUUCUAAUCAACCUCCAAAUAGUCGUGGUAAUAAUGAUAGGAGGGCACGGUUUGAAGUCAAUAAUGUAGUGAUGGAUGGUAAUGAUUCAGAUCAACCAUCAAUGUCAUCCGGACAGAUGGAAACAUUUGAACCGGGUUUUGUAGAUCGCACCUGCUAGGCAAUAUUGCAACCAAACUGUAUGAACAUCAUAGGGAAUUUUUGGACAUGGGAGCUCAUGUAGUAUCU